UGCUGAUGCUGCCAGUAUUGAAUCAAGAACAGCACGGGGAGAAAGCGAUAGGGAGCGGGGCGCUUGAUAGCCUAGCAGAUGGGGUGUUGGAGUUAUCCGUCACGAAGCAAGUGUUGCAUUUUUUGAGGGCAGCUCUGUUUUUCGGGGAUACAGCCAGAGGCGCAAGGACGAGGCAAGACAGCGAAAGAGGCUGCAGCUGCGACGGACGGAGAAGAUGCUGUGAUCUAUCCGCGGAGGGAGGGAGGAGGAGAGGCGGAGGAUUCUACGCCAGCUAAAGAUGCUUGCAUUUUCUAGAACAGUGAUGUAUCGCUUCAAACGCCCAGACCUCCGACUAAUGCAAGAAAAACACAAUUUGGUUUUGGUUUUGGUAAAAACCCCGCAACGGGACUGAAUUAAGACCCCGAGGCUGUGGAUAAACGGCGUCUCACUAGAGCGAGCCGAGCGCACACAGGGUGGCUCUCUUUUCUUUCUAUUUCCGGAUGUGAGGCCUGGAGUAAAGUAAGUAGUACUCCAGACACAGGACAUCUUUCACCACUGCGGUUUAAAUGGGAGGAUAUUCACUUGACGGGCAACGUGAGAAGAUACCCGAUAGGAUUUAUCAGCCUGAAAUUGCGAGAUCAACUCAACAGCAGGAUAACGGAUUGCUGUCGGAUAGCUAGGCCUAUAUAAGCUAAUGUAAUUCUCAGUGAACAUUGUAGCCCUUUUGUAUUUGCUACUGUAUCAAGUUUUUAGGUCUAUCAUCUAUUUUUUUGUAUUGACAGACUUGGGCAAAAUGUGUCAAAGUGUAGGCCUAGCUGACAGUCAGACCGCUGGACGGGCUGGUUUACAUGUUGUUGGGGGGCAGUAAUCAUCUUUUUUUUGUCAGCGCCUUUGAAUCUGCGAUGACAUCUAGCCUACUAGACUUACAUCUAGGCUACAUCAUCGACAUUCCGGUCUCCACCGUAUUUUUGUUAAAGAGACAGACCAUGCUACCCCUGCUACGCCGCCAUCCCUACUGUCAGAACAUAGUUGCGUGUAGUCACCCUAAUUUGAUAAGAAUCUUUGAUUCAUUAGUUUGAUGCGCACGGACGUGGCUCCACGUCCUCUUGAGUUGGAAUAGUUGAUGAUAGUCUAUUGAGAAUUAAGAGAACACAUUAACUUGAUAUUUCGAUUAGCCCUGAGCAUCACUGGCAAGUGGAUGUGAGUAGGCCACACUAUUGUCACUAAGAAUAAGCUCAGUCCAAUUUCUUGUCCCCUUCUCACCGUCUGGAAUGUCGCUAAGGCGGAACUGCUCGGCGCGCAGGACCCAUCGUUGCAGACCUCUUUGGAAGAAACUCUGAUUAAUUUAUUUUUUUGCUCGCAAAAACUCUGAUCCGGGAAACGAAUCCUUCGAAGAAAUGUCCAGUAAGGAGUUGUCGAGUCAGUCGGCUCAGUACGUGGGGCCUUACCGCCUGGAGAAGACCCUGGGGAAAGGCCAAACCGGCCUGGUGAAGCUGGGAGUGCACUGCAUCACGGGCCAGAAGGUGGCCAUAAAGAUUGUGAACAGGGAAAAGCUGUCGGAAUCCGUUCUCAUGAAGGUGGAAAGAGAGAUAGCUAUUCUCAAACUAAUAGAACAUCCCCAUGUUCUGAAGCUGCAUGAUGUCUAUGAGAAUAACAAAUAUCUGUACCUGGUGCUAGAACACGUAUCCGGAGGGGAACUUUUCGACUAUCUGGUGAAAAAGGGCCGACUGACCCCAAAAGAAGCGCGGAAGUUUUUCAGACAGAUCAUCUCGGCGCUGGACUUCUGCCACAGUCACUCCAUAUGCCACAGAGACCUGAAGCCAGAGAACCUGCUGCUGGAUGAGAAGAACAACAUCCGCAUCGCCGACUUUGGCAUGGCCUCACUACAAGUGGGAGACAGCCUGCUGGAAACCAGCUGCGGAUCCCCUCACUAUGCAUGCCCUGAAGUGAUCAGGGGUGAGAAAUAUGACGGGCGGAGAGCAGAUGUGUGGAGCUGUGGAGUCAUCCUGUUCGCUCUGCUGGUGGGUGCGUUGCCGUUCGACCAUGACAACCUGCGGCAACUCCUGGAGAAGGUGAAGAGCGGGGUGUUCCACAUGCCCCACUUCAUCCCCCCGGACUGCCAGGGCCUGCUCAAGGGCAUGAUCGAGGUCGACCCAGAGAAGAGGCUCACGCUUGAAGCAAUACAAAAGCAUGCCUGGUACCAGGGAGGUCGUAACGAGCCGUGCCCAGAGCAGCCUCCCCCGAGGCGGGUGUGCGUGCGGCGUAUCGUGUCCCUGACGGAGCUGGACCCGGACGUGCUGGAGAGCAUGCACUCGCUGGGCUGCUUCAGGGACCGCACCAAGCUGGCCCGGGACCUCCAAUGCGAGGAGAUAAACCAGGAGAAGAUGAUCUACUACCUGCUCCUGGACAGGAAGGAGCGCUACCCCAGCUAUGAGGACGAGGACCUGCCACCUAGAAACGAUGUCGACCCUCCCCGUAAGCGUGUGGACUCCCCCAUGAUGACCCGUCAUGGUCGGCUGUCGGCCGGCUGUCGGCCGGAGAGGAAGAGCCUGGAGGUGCUGACCGUCACCGAGCAGGGGUCACCCACGCCACCACGCAGGGCCCUGGACACAGCACACGGACAGAGGUCUCGCUCAGUUAGUGGAGCCUCCACUGGCCUCUCAUCCAGCCCUCUCAGCAGCCCACGGAGCCCCGUGUUCACGUUCGAAGUCGCCUCCGCUUCCGCCCUGUCCAAAGACCCCAAGGCGGGGAGCGCCACUACCCCGCGGGCCUCCCAGCGGGCGCCCGACCAAAAAACCCAGACCCUGCCAUCCAAAGCCUCCUCCGCGUCCGCCGAUCGCACCCUGCCCCCCACCAUGAAGUCCCUCCCACUGCAGGGCCCGCGCUCCACCUCUCCAUCACCCUCGCCUCUCCUCUCCCCCAUCCCUCGCUUCUUUGUCUUCCCCACGCCCUCCGUCCUCAAGUCGGUCACCAAAAACCUGUAUCCUAACUCUACCGCCCAUGUCUCGCAGGUCACCCCGCAGGGCUCCCCGCUCCCCACCCCCCUCGGCACCCCCGUGCACCACCACCCUGGGCACCCCCCUCCCCUCCCUCUCUCCUCCUCAUCCUCGUCCUCCUCCUCGCGUGCCGAGGGCGGUGGUGGCGUGGGGGCGGGCGGCUCCCUGUCCCUCACCCCGCCCUCCAGCCCCGGGGGCAGCGGGGGCAUGGCGGCCAGCAGCUCCGUGCACUGGAGGACGCGCCUCAACUCCUUCAAAAACAACCUGCUGGGCUCGCCGCGCUUCCACCGACGCAAGCUGCAAGUUCCUACAUCUGAGGACAUGUCCAGCCUGACACCGGAGUCCAGCCCAGAGCUGGCUAAGAAGUCCUGGUUUGGAAACUUCAUCAGUAUUGAGAAGGAGGAGCAGAUCUUCGUGGUGAUCCGAGACAAGCCACUGAGCUCCAUAAAGGCAGACAUCGUCCAUGCCUUCCUCUCAAUCCCCUCGCUCAGUCACAGCGUCAUCUCCCAGACCAGUUUCCGGGCGGAAUACAAGUCCUCCGGAGGGUCGUCCGUCUUCCAGAAGCCCAUCAAGUUCCAGGUGGACAUCGCCUUCUCCGAAGGAGAGAGGGAGCGAGACAGGGAUAGGGGAAAAGAAAGAGAAGAAGGAAGGAGGGAAAUGGGGAUAUACAGUGUGACCUUCACGCUCCUGUCAGGUCCCAGUCGCAGGUUUAAACGGGUGGUGGAGUCCAUUCAGGCUCAGCUGCUUAGCACUCACGAUCAGCCUUCCGUGCAGGCACUUGCUGACGAAAAGAAUGGGCAGCUGUCGUCAUCCCACCCUCCUGGCUCCCUGAGCCGCCAGAACUCUCGCCGCUCGGAGGGUGGGGGCGACCGCGAUCGUGACAGCGGCGGGCUCCAGCGGCGGGGCUCCAGCAAGGACAAGACCCGCCUGCUGUCCUCCAACGGCACCCAGUCCCAGCCCUGAGCCGUGGGGGGAGGGGGGCGACUGGACACCACCACCACCACCACCUAAAGCCACCGCCCAUCCCCACCCCACCCCAACCCAACACACACACACACACACACACACACCACCAACACAACCACCACAACCACCAUGGAAGAAAACCAACCCUUCUCUCCCCCCCUCCACAAACACACACACCACCAACACCAACCACUACAACCACCACGGAAGAAUACCUUUGCACCCCAUCCCUAGACAAAAGAGGCCUAUCACAGACCCAUAGAAACCCCACGCCUUUGCCCCACCCUGCCACCGCCAACAUCACCCCCCAGCAAUCUGCCCAUGCAGCAGAAGUCAAAAAGCUUCGAGAAAAGAACAUGGAGGAACACUGUGUUUUUUUUUUGGUAACAGGAGGUUCAAUUUUUUUCUACCUUACUUCAUCACAGAACAAAAGAAGAAGAGAACAAUGUUUUUUUGUUUUGCUUUGUCGUGAGAGCUUACCUGAUCAAGAUUCAUGUAUAUGUAUAUAUAUAUACUGUAUGUAUGGCUGUGCUUGUUGUUGUAUGUAUACAUAUAUGUCUUCUGUUGUAGGUAAAGGGGUUGGGCUAAGACACACGCAGCAGUGUUGAAUUAUUGCUGUGCAUCACCAGGAGCGAAUGUAUUAAGUCUUCUGGGGGCACAGGGGCAGAAAACCCAAAAAGAAAACGAAAACAACCUACAGAUCAUCCUGUUGAUUAAACACAAACAAUUAGCACCAAAAAAAAAUCAGGACAAUGGGGCCUAGUUAACAAAUAAGUUAAGUUAAACAGUUAAGAAGACAUUCUUGCUGUUUUAAGGUAGAAAUGUGGGGAACUACCUAGACUAUAAAUAGUAUGCCACUGUUUUGAGAGGUGGCAAGUCAAAAUUCAGUCGUAUUCAGCUAGUGAAAUCAUGUGUACGUUAUCGUGGUCUUAACGGGGUACAAUCUGUGUGAGCUCACCCAUCUAAUGACCUAUUAUCAAACUAAUAUGCCUUUCUUAAGCCAAUGCAUAAUGUCUUCUCGACUUAUGGCGAAGACACCAACCAGAGUCUGUGAAUUAAUGUGAACAGAACAAAAAAAAAGAAAUCCCUGAAUAAUUGAGUGCAGAAAAUGUGCUCUCGUCGUCGUGCUACACAGUCUGCAUGAGCCAGUGUGAAAAAUAAAGACACAAAGAAAAAUGCAUGACUGGCCAUUGCCUCUGUCCCUCCCUAAAGUCUGUCAACAAACGGGUGACAAAAGUCACAUUUCUUGAUCCAAAAUGGGGCCCAGUUGCAGCAGGUUGCUGGUUAAGUCCUAUGCAUAUGAGUGGCCAGGGCGGACACACGAAAGAGGGACAGAGGACAGAAAUGGCUUUUACAUUGCAAGAGGGGACAAAAAAUGGAAAGGGUAUCCAUGGCACAAAAUGUAUGUUAUUUUUUGUUUUUUAAUGUGAUCUGUUCCUCACUGAAGAUGAUAAUGUUUACUGUCUGUCAAAUGAGAUGAAAAAAAGCCAACGUAGUGAAUGUUUAAACAAGAAAUGCUAUUUUCAAAGUAUUUAUUUGAUUUAUUUAUAUAUAUUUUAAACACCGUCUUUUUAUUGGUUUGUUGUUUAUUUAUUUAUUUGUUUAUUUAUUAUUUAUUUAUUGACAUAUUUAUUUGUCUCACUGGAAGAGAAUAAUAAUGUAACAAUAACUGCUGCUGGUAGUUGUCAGAAAGACAACUAAUUGAAAUCAGCGGGUUGUAAGCAUGACUGCAAAGACACAUGGAAACAGUUAAGAAUGGCUGCCCCACUGGAACUGUGGAGUCAUCUUACAAGACCUGAAGGGAUGAAGGGAAAAAAUGACCUCGUUUCCUUUAAAAUAAUUUAAAAGAAAUCAAUGCUGCAAACAUCCUUCCAGCCACCACUUCUAAAUAUUUUUUUGUGUGUGUUCAUCAUCUUAUGUGAUGUAUCAGUGGACUGAAUUUCAACUACGACAUGACUUUGAAGGGAUUUUAAUCCUUUUUGGAACUUUCUAGAAACUUUUCCGUGAAUGGAAAGAAAAGGACUAAAAUGACUCCAAGAGGGUGAGCAGACACAAAAGGAGGAAUGAAAAAAAUGGAUGUAAGCCACACCUUUCCCUCUCCUCCCUUCAGAAUGUUACUCAAAAGAAGAGCCCAAAACUUUGAACUCUGUGUGUUCAACCUGAACACAUCCUGAACACAACCAGUAUUCGCACCCACACAGACCAAACACACACAAACACAUACACUGAUUCUGCUGAACUGUCUGUGACAGAUUCCUCUCAUCUCACAGAGGAAAAGAAUAGUGAGAUGGGUUUUGCAACAAGAAAGCACUGUAUUCAUACACAAGAUUAAAAAAACAAUAAGUAGGAUCAAAACCCAGUCCACUCAAACCCCACUCCACCUCCCCCACCCUUGGCAGUGCUUUCACCAAGACAACUAUACUUCAAAGUACAGAUGUGAAGAUGGGAGAGCAUCGGGACCUUUUAGGACAUUUUGGUCUCAAGACGCUCCCUCUUGCCCUGUCUGCAAACAGACAAACUUGACCUUUAAAGCACAGGGUACAUGAUUGCUUCCAUCCAUUCAUCCCAACAACAACAAAAUAUACAAAAAAACCAACAGGAUCAUCCAUGAUGCCCUCCGUCACCUGUAAGUCACCUCCAUCCAUCCUUCUGCAGGUCUUUGUUUCCUCUCCAGCCUGGAUUAUGAUUAUUUUUUGCUGCCAUCCAUUAUGCAAUGUAUUUUUUGGUAGCCAAACGCAACCCCUGACCGCGAUCACAGCUUUGUUUUGGAUUGCCUCAACUGUCCCCAGCGCCCACCAUCCUCUACCCACCACCCACCACCACUCAGCUGCUGCACAGCCUGAUGUUUGUUUUUUGCUCACCAGCCAAGCCAACCCUUCUAGAAGGUUCCUCUGGUGCUUCUUAGCCUUGUUGUUCAUCCACGGUGACCCCCCCUUUGCAUGUCAGAGCCGAGCGGAGGGCUGGCUGCCAUCUUGUUGUCGUCGGCCCUCUGCACGCUGAAUGUCCGAACUGCAUGCAUGCCUAACCAUGUCUGUCCACUCUCUCUCUCUCUCUCUCUCUCUCUCUCUCUCUCUCUCUCUCUCUCUCUCUCUCUCGUGCGCGCUCUCUCUCUGUCUGCUGCUGGCAGGAGCUGAACCACACUGACACUAAUCAUCAUCGCCUUAAUCGUGCUUUUUUGAAGAAAUCUGUGUGCCCUUGGGGGAAAAGCUCUGGCCAGGCCUGUGUCAUCGGCUCGCUGCUCCAAAGCACACGUGUGACGUUAUUUACCAUUUACAAACAAACAAAACACACUUUUGGAUUGUACGCUUCCACCAUCUCCUGGGUUCAUUCCCAUGAACAUGCACACACACACUAACACAUUAACAUGCAAAACACCCUCAUGCAAAUGCCCAUUGUGGACUUCAAAAAGACUUCAACCUUGCUGGACUUUCUGGGAAUGUCGGUUGGUCUUGAAAGUCCAACAUCUCUUUUUAACCUUUCUCUUCUUUUCUUGUCACUUGUCAUUCAUUGUCCUGGACACUCCCUACAUCACCCCCUUCUCCCCACCCCCCAUUCUU